UGUAUACACACUGCAACAAUCCUCCGACGCGAGAUAUAUCCUUCGCUCGAAAUUAACGCAACGCAUUCGCGAAAUCGCUCCCCAUAGCGUGUAGGCAUUCCUCUCUUGGCGGAAGCUGUAAUCUCAUUUCCUGCGUGAAUCCGCGCGCGGCGCGUGUCGUAGCUUGAAAUUGUCGAGCUGCACUUAAGCGACUUGUCUCUCCCCUUCUGCUCCGCAGAGGCGCGUGUGUGUGCUUGCUUGCUUCGAGAUAUACAUAAACCACUAUGCUAUAACACAUCCCAGUGCUCCGGAGACCUUGUUGGCACUCGAAGCGCGACCUCGCGCGCGCGCGACGCGGUUAAUUUGCCCGCAUGCGGAUCUCUCGCAGGAACCGGACUCGCGCCGAGGAAAAACCGGAUGCGCGCGCUUAUGUGCAGAAAGAGAGUCGAGGGCGGCGAUAUCGCAACGAAAGAAAAGCGUGAUUUAGCGUGAGAGGCUGGGAAAUCCAGGAUGCCAGGGGUGCGGAUACUGCUACACACGCUGAUCUACAUGAUGGUUGGCUUGAGAAACGCCCGGAGUAGCAGCGACAUCUGGCCGCUGGAAAGGCCGGAGGGUAUGCCGGCCAUCCAGUCGUUGGAGGUGAUGUGCGGCAAGGACCACAUGGACGUGCACCUCUCGUUCUCCCAGCCGUUCGAGGGUAUCGUCUCCUCCAAGGGCCAGCACUCGGACCCCCGCUGCGUUUAUGUGCCUCCCUCCACUGGGCAGACCUUUUUCUCAUUCAGAAUAGCCUACGCUAGGUGUGGCACCAAGCCGGAUAUGCACGGGCAGUUUUAUGAAAAUACUGUUGUCGUGCAGUACGAUAAGGAUCUGCUGGAGGUAUGGGACGAGGCGAAGAGGCUGCGCUGCGAGUGGUUUAACGAUUAUGAGAAAACCGCAUCUAAGCCUCCUAUGGUGAUUGCUGACCUCGACGUCAUACAGCUCGACUUCAGGGGGGACAACGUGGACUGCUGGAUGGAGAUACAGCACGGCAAGGGCCCGUGGGCGCCACCGGUCUCGGGCAUAGUGCCGCUCGGCUCGACCCUGACACUGGUCGUCGCCAUAAACGAUUACCGAGGUAACGAGCGCCACGGCAAAGUGCAAGGCGAGUUCGACAUGAGGGUAAAGUCGUGCGUCGCGUCGGACGGAGGCGGACACACGAUACAGCUGAGCGACGAGUUCGGCUGCGUGCUCAGGCCCAAGAUGAUCAGCCGGUUCCUCAAGGCCAAGGGAUCGGACGACCGAGCCACCGUCAUCACCUACGCCUUCUUCCACGCGUUCAAGUUUCCCGACGCCCUGAGCGUGCACAUCAAGUGCAAGGUCGAGAUCUGCCGUCACGGCUGCCUGGACCACUGCCAGUCGACCGGCAGCGGCGAGCUCGGUCACUACCUGCAGGACCGCAACGACGUCAACGUCCAUCAGCAGAAACAACCUUCGCAGCAAGCGGACCAGCACGAGAACAGCGCGAAUUCGCCGGACGGACCACCGAUCUACGACGACGUGGUGCACAACGGCGACGAGAUGACCGCGAUCGGCAGCCACUUCCUCGGCGUCGAGAAGUCCAACGCCCCCAAGGCUCAAGCGCAGACCGGACCCUCGUCCACCUCCGAGCCUAUCCUCGACCUCGCCGAUGAUCCUCUGCUCUCGCAGCCCUACUUGUCGGUGCAGCCAGCUCGAGUAACGCGCUACCAGCCCCAGGAGCACUUCCCGCACGGGCCCCGCAACCUGGAGCAGGACGAGGCCCAGCCGCGGCGAGAGGCCAGAUCGAGAACCCAAGAACCUCCGAGGACCAGCAACUCGAGCAGCAGUAGAAGCAGUAGUAGCAUUAGCAGUAGUACAAGUACGACCGCCAGCAGCACUACCACCGAGAGCAGCGGCAGCAGCAGUGGUAACAAGACUGCAAAGGUUCAGCCGGAACCGUUGAGCAGCACGACGAACAGGCGGAAGCGAUCACUCGUCGUGUCCGACAGGAAGGUGCGCAGCGCCGACGUCGGCGUCUCCGGUAUCUACGAGGUCAUCUCCGAGGCUGAUCUUGCCUUCAGUCCCGAUAGCCAUGCCGAGGCUGUUACCGUCUUCCAGGGCCGGAUACGCGAGGAAGUCGUCUACGGCAUCUGCCUACCUCUCAGCGGCUUCAGCGCUCUCUUCGUCGUGGUCGCCCUCUCGGCCGUGGUGUCGGCCCUCGUGGCCGGUGCCAUGGUGCACCGGCUUCAGGCCCAGCGCGAGCUGGCCCGGAACGCCCGCAAGAACCUGCCGGCCAGUCUGCAGGCGGCCCUGGCCGCCGGACAGCACCACCUCCAGCAGCCGGGAUGGCUCCAGGCGUAUCGGCUCUUCCGGACGCGCUGCAGCAACCAGAGGCCCGUAGCCAUCGCCGGCGACCGGCAGACGGAGAACUGAGCUUCUUGCUGCUGUCACUUUCAUCGAGCGGAUCUUCAGACAUUCUGCGUCGUAAAUUUUUGCAUGCACGAUCGGGAGGUGGAAAAAUCGAAUUGGAGCGUAAAUUAGAAGCGAGAGUCGGUUCGGGAGCAUAUGCCGAUUGAUUCUACAUUAUUCAGCCGCUCCCCCCUCCCCCUCUCGCUAUCUCGCGCCGAGUGAAAUUCAAUCAAGUUUCCAUGUGAUAUUUAAACGGUCAUGAAUAGAGAUUAGGCAUCGCGUCAGCCGCGCGCAUAUACGAAUAGAGCUAACCACAUAGCGCGCGCUGCGAGCCAAACGAGCGUAGAGUAUAAUCUAGGUGGGCCGGUGUUUUCCCAGAAAUUUUCCCAGUCAACUCUGAAUUUCCGCUCGAGAAGACAGAAGAGUAUAGAGGAGCGAGCGAUGUAUAUGAUAAUUUUUGUUGAGAGACCUUAAUGAGGCAAACGGGCGAGAGCGCUCGCGCGGACGGGCUUAUCUAAAUGCUCCGAAGGAAUCCGAUGAGGAAGAUCCAUUGCAUGCAUAAACGCGUGAGCCAAGCGUUUAGACAAGUCCGUCACUACCGCUCGACUCGGCGGCGGGGAAAACGUUUUGAUGUUCAUCGACGCGCAUCUGUAGCUGCAGCGUAUAAUUGGCUGACUUAAUUCGGGGAAAGUAAUGUAGUUUGGACCGAAUUAGUAUGCCGUAGCGUUUUCUUCGCGCCGAGUGGAAAUAUAAAGAGAAGAACAAUGUUUAGAUUAAGGUUUUUACGUACGUGUACGUCCUGAGACGCGUUAUUUAUUCUGUUACAUUUCUUGUUGAGGCAGUUCAUUGUAUUGCUCUUCGCUUGAUUCGAGCACGCUGACAAUCAGAGAACAAUUUUCUGACGAUGAAGUAUGUCUUCGUGAAUUAUUGUUUUUUUUCAUAAUACCCAUAUGUUUGUGAAUCAGCCUUCGAGAAUCAGCCUCCACCAAUGAGCAAAAGUCCUCCAAGACCAUGUGCAAUAUACUGUACAAAGUACCGUAAGUGCGUAUGAUAACUUUGUUUCUCAGAGAAUGGAAUAGAAUUUUUUUUUUUUUUUGCUAACUUGACUGAAAGAAAGAAGCAUUUAUACAUGCACUGUCAUUUUCUUCCUUUUCUUCGAUUUUAUACACAUCAUGGUCUUCAAGCCUUGUACAGCCGAAUCAGUUGUCCUUUAAAAAGACGACCGGGACUAAUCGAUAUUCUAUCAUAUAUUCUUUCAUUUUCACUGCAAUGUAUGCGAUACUAAUGUAUUUACAUGAAUCACAUUUGCAUCUAGUAUUAUUACUUUCUAAGGUAAUCGUUAAGCGUUCAAGAAGGUGCGAACAAUCGAUUGGUUACGAAUCGACUGAAAAUACCGUAACAUGUAUUUUUAUUAAAUUGUUGUAAUCAUACGCGCUAUAUAUGUGUCGAGUUGUUCAACUCUGAUAGUCACGAUUUA